AGUUCGCGGUUGUAUCGAGUCGCGGACGAAGCGUUGUGAACUCCGUGGUCAAUAAUACUCCUUUGUGAUGUGCAUUUAAAAAAUCGUGCUCGUUCUUGGCGGGAAAACCUUUUGUGACAUAGAGUAAAAACUUUUAGUAUUAUUUACAAUCAUGACAACAAAAUUAAGACGCCUGAGCGUUAUUUUAUUAUUUUUAAACUUUUUUCAAAGUGCUUUGUUACAAGGAUCAGGGGAAAAUGGAAAUUUACGUCUCUGCGUGGUGGAGGGUAGAGGUGCAUUCAAGCGCGCCUCUAAGUACUGUCCUGUGCUGGACGCUGAGAAAUCUGGAGUAGAAUGCGUUUUGGGUACGGAUAGGUUGGACUGUUUAAGACGCAUCAAUAAAGGCACAGUGGAUUUCGGAGUGUUCAGCCCUGAGGACCUGGUGGCGGCUCAGUGGGCCAACAUAGACGUACUUGUCACCAAUGAGCUACGCACUAGAGCCAGGCCGUUCGAACGAAGCAUAGUAGCGGUAGCCAACAAACGAAUUCUCUCCGAAGGUGUGACGUCACUCCACAACAUUAUGAAGAACACCACGUUGUGCCACCCCGGUGUAGGAGGCGUGGAAGACUUGAGGUCUCUCUCCGAUACUCUUACUGGUUAUCUAGAGUCCCUGAUCAUCCCAAAGUCUUGCGAGCCAAAGUUGUCCUUAGCUGAAAACAAAAUCAAGGCUCUCGCGGAUUUCUUCGGCAAGUCUUGUAAGGCCGGCCCUUGGGUAUUGGACGCGCACAGAGAUAAUGAACUGAAAAGCCGAUAUUCUUCCCUUUGCGCUGCGUGCCAUUCUAAUUGCAAAAUAACCGACCCCUAUCGAGGUGAAACUGGAGCUCUCAACUGUCUAGUUGAAGCUGGUGACGUCACGUGGACUGAACUUGAUGACGUCAAAGCGUACUUCGGGCUGAGUAACAAAAGUAAUGGAGCUUACCCCAACCCGAACCAGUUCUCGUACCUCUGUAGAGAUGGCAGUACACAGUCGCUGACUGAAGGCACUGAACCGUGUGUAUGGCUACAUCGACCGUGGCCAGUUAUUAUCGCUAAAAGGAAAGCUGCAGUGGCAGUAGCAUCUCUAGCACUAGCUCUCGCUAAUAACACGGUACCUGUGGACCGGCACUGGCGGGGCGCACUCGCCGCGUUAUUGGAGGUGUAUCAGGCACAGCCGGAGCCGCUGCAGCCGCCUACAGUGCCGAUGGACUAUCUGGCGAAGGCAAAGGGAUUCAGGGAGGCGUACAGCCAGAGCGGAUGCGAUCCACCGAGACACAUAACAUUAUGCACCACUUCCAAUUUGGAGAGGAACAAGUGUGAAUGGUUGAGUGAAGCUGGCGCCGUAUACGGUAUAUCUCCGCCUCUACAGUGUGCUAUAAGACAAGAUUUACCGAGCUGCAUGGAGGGUGCUGAACGUGGAGAAUUUGUGGUCCAAGCUGACAGCGAUUGGCUUCUCAAAGGAAUGAGAGACUAUUCACUUACUCCAAUUCUACACGAGUCCAAUCCAAUAGUGGACCAAACUCACACGGUCGUCGCGUACGUCACCGAAUCGUCUGGGAUAACCAAGAUGGCGGAUAUGCGCGGGAAACGCGCGAGUUUCCCGGAAUACGACGGUUUCGCGUGGCAUUCCGUUUUACGCUACAUCACGAAGAAAGACGAAGUUCCAUGCAACGGCAUCAAGGAUUAUUUCAGCCAAAUAUGCGCGCCUGGUUUUGAAAAAAUGAAUGUUUCAGAUGCAACCAAAGAUUUAUUUACUAAGAAUUGUUAUAAAGAAAAUGAUAAAGUGUUGAGCGGCGAAAUGCAAGCGUUACGAGCGCUCGUCGAAGGCAAAACCGAUAUCGCAUUUAUAAGAAUGGAAACUUAUAAUUUAUAUGCAGCCAAUAAACUAACGGAGUACGCCUGGGCUAAAACACCGAUCAGAAUACUUCCGAUUUGUCCCGAAGAAAACACAAAAUACUGUUUCAUUAGUUGGUCGAAUCUCGGUCACAUAUUCGUCAACAAGAACGUCACAGCUAUGAGGAGGCAAGAAAUUAUAAAUGUCUUCACGAAACUAGAUCAGUUAUUCGGUAAAAAUCCCCCAUUCCACACGGCUAUGUUUUCUAUGUACGGAUCUUUCAAUCAUCAAAUGGGCGUUCUAUUUCAUAAUAAUACGUGGAAAUUGACUACCGAUGAUAUUUUACGAAAUCAUCCCUACGAUAAGAUACCACUUAAUUUUGAACGCAGCUUGACAAACUCAACUGACAGCUGUCAGCUGGCAGAUCUCACGAACUUCGGCGCGAAAUUACAACCAACAGUUUGGCUAUUGCUUUCUCUAGUCUUAAUUUUAAGUAGAUAGUAUCAUAUUGUAAAUAAAUAUUAAUGAAUAUUAAGAAUCGAGUAAAUAUUUUAGUACACAACUA